AAGAAAAAUGAACUCUUGUUCGCCCUCCAACCCUUCGCCGAUAUCUAUCAAAAUAAAAAUUCUAGUGACCAAUAUGCUAGUGAAACAAAAAAAAAUUGUGAUUGUAAUUAAAUGAGAAGAAAUAUGAGGAUAGAAGUGGGUUUUUUCAAUCAAAUAUCCUUGUUUCCCUAUUCCUCUUUGUGCUACCACUUCUCUCCUCUCUCGAGUGAUCCGAAGGUUCUCCCGGUUGAUAACCUUUGUGAUGACGUUGAGGUAAUUUUGAACUACUAAGAUGGUCGCAUAUCUCUCAAUAAUUUU